UAUAAUAUAUGUAUAGGCAUUGGUCUCGUGAGAGGAGUGUUUACAAAAUAUGAGAGUUUUCCAGAAUCGUAUUAUUUACCGAAAACCAUUGAAACAGAACCAAAAACGAGCUAUUCCGAGAUCUGUGAACAGAGAGAGAGCGGUGUGAGAAUCAUGAUGACAUCUAUGCAAGAUCCACAUAUCAGGGAACACCAGCAGCUUCUGCAGUACCUCAGAUCAACCGUCGAAGGACUGUUAGUUAGUCAAGUUUCUAAUGUCUGGAAUGUGUAUGGAGGUUUGAAUCGACUUCAUAAAUGCAUGGAAAGAAUAUUCAGGCAUGGAAGUCGAGUCUUCGAUUCAACGGGCGAACCGGAUUGUUGGGUUUUCAUACAAGGGUUAAAUUGGCUCCAACCCUCUCUGGCUACAUCACCGUCUGUCCAUGAGUCUGACGAUUACCUUUCGAAUAUACCAGCAAAGAUAGGCUCGCGAAAAGAUCUGUUGUGGCUGUACAAGAGUUUGGAAAGUCAUUCCCUCUCUCAGAAGCUUUCUUGGCUUUUAUCGGACAAGGAGCACCUCUUGUCCUGCCUUGAACCUUGGGCCUUCUUGUGCCAGGAAAGUCUUGCAGAAGCUACACUUAUCUGUCUAAGAGCAGUCGAAAAGAAUCAGCCCUCUCUCUUAACGGAAAUUGAUCCAUGCUUGUUUCUGCCAAAUUGGGAUUUGGGUAAAAAUAGUCCGAAUAGGCAUCGCAGAUCGUCAUCUUAUCCCACAAAUCUAUCUUAUAAAAAAUGGGGCAUUGUAAAUAUAGAGAAUACAAAUAGCUAUGAAAAGUAUCAUACAGGUAUAGCCGGGAGUACGGCGCAAUCAAAUUUGGAUGAUAGGAAGAUUUCAGAGAAUCCAAUCAGUAUUACAAAAGAGAGGAAAUGUAAAAUAAAUUCUGAGCCAGUGAUAACAAAAACUGAUAUUGACUUCUCUCUGAAAGUGUGGAGUAGUCUUCCUACGUUAAACGAGAAUCACGAAAACUUUCACAAUUUAACUAUACCUCAGCCCACAAGUCCAGCCAAGUUUUUUAUUGGCACAAACAGAGAUACGUGCAGUUCGUAUAGCAUUGAUUCGUAUAAAUUGUCAAAUGUAAUCAAAGUUGAUUACACUGAAGUCCAGUUCAAGGGUACAACAUCAAACGUAGAUGGUAAAGUUUUAAAAAAAAAUAGCCCAGCAAGAAAGUCUCGCAAGAAAGUAAAAAUUUUGCAUGAUAAGCAAUUCGAUAUGAAGUCAAGCGAUGGGAGUUCAGAUACUUUGAAUUAUGACGACAAUAUUGUAAACAGUAUAGCCGAAACAAUACCUAAGUCGCAGAAACCUGUAGAGUUCAAGUUGAAGAAUCUUACCAGUAAUACGAUCAAGAUUGGAGCAACCCGAAAGACUGAUAGGAAAAAAACAACUCUGCUACCGGAUUCAGCUCCAGAAUUCACUGGAUCAUGGAGUUCAGAAGUAGAAGGUCAGAAGGAUUAUAGAACACCAAAAAAAAGCUUCAUGGAAGACGGCGGCAAUAGCGUGCAGCCAAUGGCUACAGGAUAUUUUCCCAGGCCCCUUGAGGGUCAGAGUCUCACAAGUUUUUUGUCAUCAGCGCAAUUUACUAGAGCUAAUGCAGAGUUGGAUAGAGAAAACGCACAUUUCAGUAUUUCUGAAGCUAUGAUAGCAGCCAUUGAACAGGUCAAAUGUAAUAAGCAGUUGAAUUUAGUCGAUGAAACAAUUGAUGAAAGUGAUGAGGAGAUCAAUAAUUUAAAACAACGAAUUAGGCUGCGACGGCGACAAAGACAAGAGGAAAAGCAAAGAGGUGCAUGGAGUCGUGAUCUUCUUAGUGAUGGGAAGACAGAUACUACAACAACUGAUCAAAGUGUCAGUCCAUUAUCCACUUCUCCAGGAACACCAUCUGAAAGUAUUUCAACAGAUGAUGUCGACGACUUGGAAGUCGGUGACAUUAGGAAUAUUUCUCAACUAAGAAACGCCGGUGUAUCUAUGUCCAUGGCAUCGUUAUAUUCAGAAGCUGAAUUACGUAGAGCUAUGCCAAGGCAUGGAACAGAAUCAACACUCACUGAAAGCAUUGUGUCUGCUGAAGGUGUUGCUUUAUCUCUUAUAAGACGGUUCAGCGAAAAACAAUUGCCCAGGGCUAGUGAAUUGGAGUGGCUUGUUUCUGAACGGGACGCCCCACAGCAGCUUCUUCCAUUGCCAACGAGCUGGCCCGUUAGUCCCGAUGAAGCUGAAAAUGAGGACAUGACUCAGGCGACCCCGUUGCGUGGAACGAUGGAAUGGGCACCUCCGAGGCCUCAAAUAAUUUUUACACCUCAACCAGCACCUGUCCGGAGAAUACUUAUGGCCAAACAGAACUAUCGAUGUGCAGGAUGUGGCAUGAAAGUUGCUGUAGAAUAUGCAAACAGAUUUCGAUAUUGUGAAUAUUUGGGUAGAUAUUUUUGCACUGGAUGUCAUACCAAUCAGUUGACUAUACUACCCGGAAAAAUUCUUUCCAAAUGGGAUUUUAAUAGGUAUUCCGUGUCAAAUUUCUCGUACCGAUUAUUGGAUCAAAUGACAGUGGAUCCUUUGUUUCAAGUAAACGACUUAAAUCCACUGCUGUAUAGACGCAUUAAACAAUUAGAAAAAACCAGAAUUUUACGGACGCAGCUGUUCUAUCUAAAAGAUUUCCUAUUCACCUGCAGAUUUGCUGUAGAAUUGCAGGAAGCUUUACAUAACGAACCAAUAUACAUAUUAAACGAUCCACACGUAUAUGCUAUUCAAGAUUUUGUCCAAGUCAAAAUUGGAUUGCUGCCUGAAAGAUUGAAGGACUUAGUAGAAGCUUGUUCCAGUCACGUUAUGCAAUGUGAACUUUGCCUAGCUCGGGGAUUUGUGUGUGAAUUAUGCUGCUCGAAAGAAAUUAUAUUCCCUUGGCAGGUGCUAAAAGUUAUGAGAUGUGAUGAUUGCGGAGCGUGUUUUCACGCCCAUUGCAAACAGAAAUCCAAUAGAAAAGAAUGUCCGAGAUGUAAACGAUUACAAGCAAGACGAACGUCGAUGGAAGAGACAUCUUGAUCGAUUAUAAAUAUAAUUGUCACGCAGAAGGUAGGUGUCACGUGUCUUACAUCACACCUUGUAAUUCAGUUUUCGUAUGUGUAAAGUUCACUAUCGACCAGUGCUAUUCACCUAAUCCUUUCGUGUAUGUACGUACAUGGGCAGCAAGUAUUAGUAAUUGGUGAUUUGACAGUAUCCCGACGUAUAGUAAAAAUACGAAUUGCGAACAAUUUAUCUAAUAAAUUGGAAGGUGUACAUAUAGUUACGCGACCUGAUAAACCAAAAAUCUCUUACUUUUUUUAUAUGGAUCCAAAUUUAAUCCAUAGUAAGUUUUAUAGAAUAGUUGUCCCAGUUAGUCUGUUGGAAUAUAACAUAGAUAGCGUGUAACUCAAUAGAUACUCGGUAAUGAAGAACUUAAAGUCAUUGUUCUUGUUGGGCAAUCUUUUUUUUUUUUACUGAAAAUGAAUAUAUGUAUUCACUUAUAAGAUAAUGAGUGCAGUUCCAAAUUGGAAAUAUUCCAUAAGUUUCAGACCUAGGUAGACAUAUAAUACUGAAUAAGUAUUAUAAUAAGGGUCCAAGCGUAAGUCAUGACUAAAAAAUUGUGAUAUGUAUAUUAUAUAUUAUUUAUGGUGUAAUUCUAUGGUAUUCUGCGACAAUAACAAUAGUUCUGUUGCGUCGCGCGAACUUCGCUGUAUUGUUACUGAAUAUAUCAGUUGAAGUAUACUUCUCAGAACUUUCUGCAGUAUGUAAAUUUAGAAUCUAUUCAAAACAAAUGAUUAUUUCAGCAUUAUUUCUAGGUACUGAAAAGUUUCGUGCUAAUGUAUUGUUCUGACUGUGAGUGAAAAAAAGGGAAAUAUGUAGAACUGAAAAUGGCUAAAAAAAAAUUCUAUUUGACUCAUACAUAUGUGGAAUUGCCUGUUUAAAAUAUAAUUUCUGAAAUGGCGUCUUAGAAUCAAAAGACGAAUUAUUCUUAGGCUACCCUCAAUGUGGAAGAAUACUGCAAAUACUCCGAUCUAGACUUCAAAUUCUCCAGCAUUUAUUGCUCUUGAUUCAAAAUGAGCAGUAAAGCUUCGUAAUCUAGUUGAUACAGUAAAAAUGAGGAGGAAUUCAAUAUCUAUUCUAAGUUAUUCGUUACGCGAUUUCUAAAUCUUCUCCAAAAAGGCUGAAUAAAAUUCUAGACAUUGUGGAUACAAAGUUCUCAAAGAUGUAAGAUUAAAGGCAAAAUGUUUCAUUUCGUGAUUCGGAGAUACAUGAAUAUUGUUACAUUAAUUUGAAUAACGGUGUACCUGCAUUUUAGAAAUUUAUACAAAUUAUAGUUAAUAUAUCUAUGGUGUACUAUCUGUCCAGAUCAAUAAUUUUUAAUAAAGAAAUUUCGUUAAUU